CAGUUCAGACACUCGGAGACCGUGAGAGGAAGGAGUCAGACACCAACCACAAGAGACAAGUUUAAGUUCACCAUCAUGGCCCUGCGGGACGAACUUUUAAAGUCUAUCUGGCACGCGUUCACCGCACUGGACGUGGACAAAAGCGGGAAAGUCUCCAAAUCUCAGCUGAAGGUGCUGUCCCACAACUUGUGCACAGUGAUGAAGAUCCCGCAUGACCCUGUUGCGCUGGAGGAGCACUUUAAAGACGACGAUGAGGGUCCCGUCUCCACCCAGGGAUACAUGCCGUACUUGAACAAGUUCAUCCUGGAUAAGGUGACAGAUAACUUUGAUCGUCAGGACUUCAACAAAAUGUGCUGGACAUUGUGCUCCAGGAAAAACCUGGAUCUGAACCAGCUGUACAUCUCCAACAACGACGCAUUCAAGAUCUGGUGCAUCUUCAACUUCCUGUCUGAGGACAGAUACCCACUGAUCAUCGUCACUGAGGAGAUUGAGUACUUCUUGCAUAAGCUGACUGAGGCGAUCGGGGGCAGCUGGGUGGAGGAACGUUUCGAGGACUACAAGCUGCAGCUGAACUCAAACCAGGAGAGUCUGAAAGCCUGGGAGCUCAUCAGCCUGGUGGGGUCGGGUCACUUCAGUAAGGGCAUGGACCGCCAAACGCUCUCCAUGGGCAUCACUGAUGUCUACCAGGAGCUCAUCCUGGACGUGCUCAAACAGGGCUACAUGAUGAAGAAAGGUCACAAGAGGAAGAACUGGACGGAGCGCUGGUUCGUGCUGAAGCCAAACUCCAUCUCCUACUAUGUCGGUGAGGACCUGGCCGAACUGAAAGGAGAAAUCUUACUGGAUGGAAACUGCGGUGUGGAGCCUCUGCAAGAUAAAGAGGGAAAGAAGUGUCUCUUCCUCAUCAAGUCGUCGCAAAAAAGUUUUGAAAUCAGUGUGUCGGACAAGAAGAAGAAGCAGGAAUGGAUCCAGGCCAUUCAGACCUGUGUGAGCCUGCUGCGUCAGGGGCGGCCGGCGCCGCACCGCGAGGCUCGACAGAAGCGGCGUGAGCUGCGACUGAAGCAGCAGGCUGAACAGGAGGAGCUGGAGCUGAGGAUGAGGGAACUGCAGACGGCCAAUGAGGCUAAACAGCUGGAACUUGAGAACAUGAGGAAGGCUCUGGAGGAGGCGGCAGCUGAUGCUGCAGCAGAAGAACGAAGGCGUCUUCAGACCCAAACUGAACUCCAGGACCGCUACAGGAUGGACCUGGAGAGAGAGAAAAUGGUACGGCAGCAGGUAGAGGAGCAGGUGGCACAGAAGUCCACUGAGCUGGAGCAGUACCUGCAGCGGGUUCGGGAGCUGGAGCACAUGUACAGUCAACUAGAGGACGCUCUGGAGGACGAGAGGCGUGCUAGACAGGACGAGGAGGUCGUCCGCAAGCUGCAGGCACGGUUGCUGGAGGAGGAGGCCACAAAGAGGGCAGAGUUGGAGGAGUUCCACCUGCGGCAGCAGCGCGCCAUCUCAGAGACAGAGGCUGAGAAACAGGAGCUGGAGAGGGAACGUCUGGCCAAGGAGAGUGCCCUGCAGGCAGCAAUGAAACAACUGGACCAGCUGGAGAUAGAGAGGCAGGGGGCGCUGGAGCAGUACCAGACGGUCAUGAAGAAGCUGGAAGACGCAACCAACAACACCAAGACCUGGAAGCACAAGGUGGCUGAACACGAGGGCUUGUUAAGGCUCAUUCAACCAGGUUCCAAGGGACAGCAGCGGAUCACCAACUGGGGCCCAGCAGCCUUUUCUGAUGCAGAGCUCAGUCUAAGAGAGAAGAAGUGGCAGGAGACGAAGAACCAGGCGACCCAGGCCCAGUAGAGCCUUGAACCUUAAACAUGUCUACAAGUCAGAAGGGAAGCUGGAAUAUACUGCUGGUAACUGGGUUUUCAGUGGCAUAAUUGCUCAGUAUGAGCCAGCACUGAUAAGUGUAUUGGUAUACCUUUGAACAAGUCUGUCAUUGUUAGUCACCAUAGAUUAAAGUAGACUCAAUUCACAUUUUUACCUUAAAGUUCACUAAUUCUAGCAGGCAGCCAACAAAAAUACUAAGUGCUGACGUGAUAACACCAGGAAAAAUAGCUUUGCUGUUAAGAUGUGUGUCUUCCUUUGUUGCUAAAUAUAUUGACUGCUAUGCCUUGCUACUUGGUGUUGUAUAACUAAGCAGCUAAAAAUGUAGAUUGGUGAUGUGUUUAAAGGGAGUUUUUUUUCCAAAACUGUGUACAGUAUGUAAAAUAAGUUGUAAAGGCAGCAGAGCUCACUUGGCAAGGUUGGGUCAACCCUAACAACCACCAUAGGUAGAGUAUAUUACAGACAGUUUAGGCUACAGAGCAGGAAAAUACAUUUAAACGGUGCCUUGGCCUUCUUUAUUUUUCAGUGGCUUAGCAUUGAUCCAAUAUUCACCUACUGUGCUAGCAGAUUGAAUGACACACCAGCCCUGAUAUUACAAUAAAGUGUACAGCGAUAUUGUAUAUCCUCAUGUAUCACUGUACACACAACAUCUAUUGCAUGUUGUUUCUUCCAUUUUUUCCCCCCUGUUAAAAAGGGAGUUUUUCCAUUAUCGGAAUUGAGGGUUUAAGGACGGGGGGGCCAGAAGCCCCUUGAGGCAAAUCUUGAUUUGCGAUAUAUGGAUGUACAAAUAAAACUGACUUGACUACAGCAGCUGGCCAAAUUUUAAAAGACAACUCCAUCUACUUAGACCUUCGGGUCUUCUGUAGGACCAAUGGGCAGCUCACUAUAGAAGCUAUAAGUCCCUUUUUUACAACGCUGUUAGUACUUCACAGCCUAUGAACAGUGGACACUCACAUCCUGUAUAGAAUAGCUGACCAAGGCUAAAAGCUAACAGUAUACUUAAUUUAAAUCUAUUCAUUUUUAAGAUGUGCAGCUUAUUAAGUCUUGUAAAAUACCUUUUAUCUUUUUCUUCCACUUUGUCCUGUCUUAACAAUAAAUGCACUACUUUUGACUAGAGUCUAAUCAGUCCAACGCAAACUGCUUGACCAUGUUUUAGAUUCACGCUGUUAUAAUGUUAAGAGAGCGUGAACCACACCUACCAAGUUGUAAGAUCUACUACUCUCUUUCAUGUGACUAUUUUCCUCUUAACCCUUUGGGACCAUUUUUACAUGUUUGAAAAAAAAUAAAACACAUUUUAACAAUGUUUUGUCAGAGUUUUUGUUUUCCGUAAAGUUAAGCACUUGAGGAUGACAUGUUUAAUGUAAAGUCAAUUAUCUUUAAACAAAGUUGUCGUCUAAUAUAACACCAUACCAUGUACAAUUUACUAAAUCUUUUAUUGUUUUUAUCAAAAUGCUUUUUUCUCUGGUUUGUCUGCCCUAGGUUUAUACCUGUUUAAGGAACUGGCUUAAACAUUUCCUGCUUGUGAAUGCUGUCAGAAAUAGGGCAUUUUGCUAAAGUCUCACUCCAAACAGGAAUGCUAUCUGCAGAACAUUUGUACUGUGUUGUUGUACUGUCACAAUCAGUGCCUUUGAUGCCGUCAUGAGUCCUGAACUUGGUGUUUUAUAUAUAUAUAUGUACCGUAUGUAAAAAGCUGAAGACUGAAUUAUGUAAUAAACAUGCUGAACAAGUGG